AGCUCCUUGAUUAAAGUUACUUUCAGUGUAAUGACGGCGAAUAUGUCAUCUUUUGUAACAGCACAGCGCGGGAAACGCUAAUGUCGUUUUUUUUCUGUUUGCGUGGGCAGAUUAUCGUCAAAGUGGGAUUUUAGCAGAAAUGAUUUUGGCUGCUCGCUCGCGGCUCCGGUGUUUGUCCGCUGGAGGACUCGGGCCGCUGGGCGGGUCGUCCUGCGUGGGACAGUCCACGUGGAGCAAAGUGGUGUCUGAGGCGGAGAAGAUUGUGGGUUACCCGACGUCCUUCUGGAGCCUCCGCUGUCUGCUCAGCGACGAACUCAGCAACGUGGCCAUGCAGGUCCGGAAACUGGCCGGAACCAGACACCCGUUACUCAGCAUGGCCAGAGGCUUCGUCUACGACAGCAAGAACAAUCUUCAGAUGAGGGGACUCGUUGUUUUGCUCAUGUCAAAAGCGGCGGGGCCGAGCCACGCAGCACAUGAUCUCCUGGACCAGAACAUGGUCAGCGGCAUCUAUAGCAGUCAGCGCAACUUGGCAGAAAUCACAGAGCUGGUUCACACGGCCUUCCUGGUGCAUCGUGGGAUCGUUGAUCUGAAGGAAUGGACGGUUUCUGACGGGCCUCUGAAAGACAUGCAGUUCGGGAACAAGAUGGCCGUUCUGGGUGGCGACUUCAUGCUGGCAAACGCGUGCACUGGACUGGCUCAGCUAAAUAACACAAAGGUUGUUGAACUGAUCUCAGGUGCCAUUGGUGAUAUGGUUCAAGGCAUCUACUACGAGAAUUCCAGUAACUCUGAGUUAAAUAGUCUCACUGAUGUUGUCAACAUGGCUACGUGGGAGGAGCAAAUGUUUCUUUCCCAUGGGGCAUUGCUCGCCAAGAGCUGUCAAGCUGCGAUGGAGCUUGCCAAGCACGACAAGGAGUCACAAAGACUGGCCUACGAGUACGGAAGACACCUGUCAUUAGGCUACAAGGUGAACUCGGACUUGCAGCGGUUUCUAAAAAGUGGUGCAGGAGACCCGGCGGUGUUCAGUUUCAGCUCCGCCCCUGUGAUAUUCCACCGUCAGAUCGUUGGACAGGAGCGAUGGCACCUUCAGCUGCAGCAGGCGACAACUUCAAGAAACCAGAUCGAUUAUUCAAAGCUUCUGGCAGCAGUUACCUCAGAACAAGGCGUGAGCUCAGCGGUGGACUUGUGCUGUUACCAUGGAAACAAGGCGCUGGAGGCUAUCCAGGCUUUCCCGUCCUCCGAGGCUCGAGAUGCCUUACAGAACUUUGCCUCUGCCAUCACCAAAUUUUGACCGAGACGCACACGUGCAGAGUGCAUCUGUCAGCAUACGCUGGGCACUCAGAAGACAAAUGAACUUUUCAGCUCUGUGCUGACUCAGAUCUCCAAAAACCGCUCUGGAUGCAACAUCUGAACAACGGCGCCCGCAAGAUGGUCGUCAUCUGAUAAAUGAAAGAAAUAAACGCACUUUAUUUCA